GUCACUAAGUUGUUGUUUCAAUAUAUCAUUUAAUUGUAAUUUGUUUACCUUAACACCCUCUAGAAUGAGGGGGGCUAUUGAGAAUUUUGAUUGGUUGGAUUUUCCAGCCAAUGACUUUUUGCCAACGUGUACAAUUGUAUGUGAAGUGUUGGACGGUCGUGGUUGGUCGUCGAGGCUUCUGUUUCGCUUCUUACCACCAUUAAUACCAUUACCACCAGUUCCACCUCCUCCUGUUUUUGGAGGCAUUCCAAAACCAAAAACUAAUAUUUACCUUUGAUGUUCGUUCCGCUUGAGUAAUUUGUGAGAAAGAAAGAAAAAUCAGAAAGAAAAACCAACGAUUUUAAGUCCUAGGACUUAAAAUUACAAAAAAAGAUAAAGUAAAGAUUAAAUAUAAGAAGAGAAAGAAAAAAAUAGCCCUCGAUAAAUGCGACUGAUUGCUACCGAGUGAACACGACGAAUGGUUUACCACUUAAACUUGACGAUCUGUGGGAUACACUUAAAGCGACUUUCGUCGGAGCUUAUCCUCCUGAACGCAUUCAACUUAAAAAAGUGCUCACAGUACGCAAGAAGAAAAUUAUUGAAGCAUUACAUUGGCUGAAGAAACACAAUGUACUUUAUCAAAAUGUCGAUAUAAAUCUGAAGAAUAUUGCUCAAUUACCUGAAGACGAUGUACCAGAAUGUAUUAUGUCAACGAUGGAACAGAAGAUAGGUAAUGAAGAAAUUCAAUCUGAAAGAAUUGAAUAUAUUCCUGAUCCAUUAUCCGACCCAAUAGAACGUACUACUACAGAUAGUAUUCCUAUUAGUAACAGUGCUGUUCUCGAUGUCAACGGCUCAUCAGUGUCUUCAGAUGAAUUUAGUAAUUAUCUUUUGCACAAAAUUAAAAAUGACGGAACAAAAGAACAGAUGGAUACCGAAAGUGUUUAUUUGAUUCCUCAUUCUUCAAAGCCUGUUAACGAAUAUUGUAAUCCAAAACUACUCGUAGGUCUGUAUCCAACCUUAUUCUGUUAUGGACAUGGAGCACCUGAAGAUCAGUCGCGUCCAGUUAAAGUAAAUUUACGAGAACACAUACGUUACCUGUUAUCGUACAAUGAUCUACGUUUUGAAACGAACCACAGUUUUAUAUUUGUCGUUUUCAAUUUAUUACAACGACGUGAUGCUUGUUUUCAUGCUCAGCUGACCGCAGCAAAACCUUACUUUCGAGCAUCUGCUGAUGAAAUUCAAUCCUUGAAAAGUAAAGAUAUUGAAAUGGUGCUCGAUAACAUUUCCAAAAAAACAUACAGUUUAGAAUCCAACAGUGCAUUAAAUAAAUUACUUCAUCAUAUUAAAACCAUCGGUGGUCGAGUUAUGGGUUCAGCAUAUUCACGUACGGCAUUACGUACACGUAUUCAUGCAUUAAUCUAUAAUCAAGGGUUACCAAGCAUUUUUUUAAUUUUAAAUCCAGCUGAUAUUCACAGUUCCGUGGCAUUAUAUUUUGCGGGAGCCAAGUUGGAUUUAGAUAAUAUUCAAUUAGCGCAACUGAUCACUACUUACAAAAGAGCCGAAAUUAUAGCUUCUCAUCCUGUUGCUACCGCAAAAUUUUUUCAUUUAUUAAUUUCAAAUAUCUUAAAUACUAUGAUUAGUGGUGGUGUUCUUGGACCAAUAAAAGCUUAUUUUGGUACUGUUGAAAGUUAA